CCAGUAAUGGUCGGGCACGGAGCCACGUCUGCUGAUGUGAAGUGAAUGCGGCACUCGUUAGUCGCCGACUUGCACCGGUCGCCAUCAGAAGGAGGGUUGUUGCCGGAUUUUUGUUUUGCUCUCGACGAAAGUGUCGACUACGCGUCGUCCUCGGGACACUCGCCACAGAAGACAUUGCACCGGUAUCGCAACCCCGGUCCAAGUCGUGGGUGGACAGUGGCCACAGUGCACGCUGUCCUGUUCAAGUGAGUUGGAGCUGCACAGACGCCCACCACCCGCACCUUUGCGUCUGUAUCUUUUGAUUGCAUCUGAUUUGUGGCGGUGACUCUAUUGCGGGUUAUCAAAGUGAACGUUCAAGUCGGACGCUGGUCGCUAAUUGAAUUAGGGGAGUGCUCGCAGUCGGCUGCGUGCCUAACACCGGGUGCGGAGCCACUUCAGAAGGAAGCAGAGCGGAGGAGCCACUUUAGUGCCCGAAAUCUUAUCAGAUCACUUCGCCACUGAUAAGAAGCGACCCGAGCUCGCGGGAUUCCAACGGGCAUCCGUGAGGUGAGAAAGUGAGAAUGUUGCGGCCGCGAACAGUGGCAGUAGGUGCUCGCCGGCGUUAUGUGCUCAUGUGAUUGAUCCGCUUCGGGGCCGCUACUACGAGAAGUGCAAACUGUGCUGAGCUGGUUCUAAUUAUAAGAAAUAGUGCAGAUCCCAAGGUGAAUAGGUUUUGGUGCGAAGCAAUUAGUGCGUGAGGCCCGCAAAGCCACCCCCCGAAAAGUGUCCGUGGUGCAUCGCUCCCUUUAGCUGAUUGGAUUACAUACUAACCGCCUGCUAGGGUUCCAGCGCUUGGCGUAUCGAUCGAACCGUGCUGCCGAUAAGGAUUAUCUCCAGUCGAACUUGGAUAUCAGCCCAAGAUUCUUCAAAACGUCUUCCGUUACUGCAAUCAAUUCAAAUGACUGCUUACUUUUUGGUGUUGAAUUUCGUGCUUAAUUUCUACCCAAUACCAUGUCCGAACUUGAAGAGAAACCCAGUCACCAACCAACAUCAAAUGCUGACAAUAUAAAAAUUGUGAUCAUCGCAGAAACGCAUACCGAAAAUGAGAUAGAAGGCUGUGAUAAGAAACCCCAAGAAACCACAACAAAAAUCCAAACCAAUGAAUUGGAAUCUUGCAAAGAGUCCGAAAGUGAAUCGAAAUCAAUCCUGUCUGAUAGUAGUGGAACUGCCCCACGAAAAACAGUAAAAAAGUCGGUGUCAUUCGAUCCAGGGGACGAGAAACUAGUGAAAAAAUUUAUCGAAGGAGAAGUGAUUGUGGACAAACAGAAUCCCUUCAAAAACGGUGGAUUAGUUGACGUUAGGAGCGUGGAUAAGGUGCUUGUGGCGAAACCUCGCAGAGAAAGUAAACCCAAAGUUGCCAAUGAAAGUGAUUUCGUUACAACCGAAGAUGUCCUAAGGGAGUCGAAGUACGUGACGACCUAUAUAAAGAAUCCGGAUAAGGUUUUCAAGUAUGACCCGGCGGUGAUUGCUCGCAUCAAACUUGAAGAGCUUCGGGAGAUUCAAGCAAAGAAACCUAUGCGGAAAAAGGUCCUGACAAAGCAAACGCAGGACAGAUUGAAAGAGAUCAAAAAUAAAUACAAUAAUCUACCCCCCAAUCUUCAGGCGAAGCCGGUGAAAGGUUCAAGUCGAGAUCCAACGCUUCCUGAGACCAAAAUUCCGAAGUAUAAGAAAGUAUCUAAGUCGAACUAUCCUGACUUGUCUCAGAUUAAAGUUAAAACCGGAACGGAUUUGGAUGAAACAUUUCAGCUUAAUCCGGAGGAAGUUGUUUUCAAUGCAAAACGAUUUGACGAUCGAAUUAAGACUUUGAAAAUUAGCUCCGAGGAUGAGUUAGAUGAUAUCGAAGAACCUUUGACUAGCAUCGAGGAUACUUACGACGAGGUGCGCGAAUUAGAUUCUAACCAGAAACCAGAAGAACACAAAGGAACAUUCACGAACACAGUGAACUCGACGGAAUUUAAAGAGUUUUUGAACAAGAAGGGGUUGGUGUUGACUCCCAGGGAGAAGUUAUCGAAUGGAAAUGCCAAAACUAUACACGAAGAAGUAGAUGAAGUUGAUGCAAUACAGGAAGUGAGCAGCACAAAGUCAUUGUCAAAUAUGGAAUCGAAAAAGGAGAAGAAACCGUCUGUGCUGCAUCGACUGUUCCGACCUAGUAUAUUCUCUUCGAAAAGGAAGACUAACCCAAAGGAGCCUGUUCCGACUCCUCAGAACCUUUACUCGAACACAACAGUGGACAGUGGCAAACCAACUGCGAACAAUAUAAAGCGCGUUGUAUUGGAACGACAAAGUUUCCAUGGAUCGCCAACGGAUAAUAACAAGGAUUGCAGUGACCUACGCAAGCAAAUUGAACAAUCACGGAAAAGCUAUGGCGGGGAUGAUCGAUCCAGUUCAAUUUCAAGUGCUCUUACAAACGCUGAAGAUUACCCAGACGAUCAUUCAGUGGACUCAAUACGACAAUCAGAACCUGCACAACCUCAAGUUCAACGGGUGGCGGAUCGCCAACCGAUCCGAGUACGACAACAGAAGCUGAGAGAAAGUCUUUCAUCAUCUAAACCUUUGGUGCCUUCCAGAAUUGCUGAGAAUGGUGACGAAGAGUCAAUUAAAGCUGAGCAAGUUGGUCAAAAACCGGUACCAGCUAUAAGACGAACCAUUGAGAGGCAGUCUCUCAUUGAGAGGAAGCCUCUAUUUUCGCCAUCGGAUGAAAAUCGAAAUUUUCGGCGGUCUGUAUCGAUGGAUCGCCAGGAGAUUAAUAGGAGAACCCAAAUUCCGGUGAAAUCAACCCCCAGUUCCUCUAGAUUAUUGAAGAGUGAUUCAACUCCGGGGAAGAGCUUGUCAAUUCCAAGGAGUUCGAAAGAAAAUCAAGGCCCACGGAUGACUUCGACUCCGUUGCAGAACAAUGCGGUGGCAAGGCAAAAUAUAACUCCAGUGGUGCCUGUCCCAAUAAAGCCUGCGCCUCUUUCUACUUCCAGCCUAAAUGUAAGUACAACUGAAUGGAAUAAGCUACGGGAAUUGCAGGAGCGCACUGACAUGGAGUUAUACAUGAGAUCGCAGCAGGUCCCUCAACCCCAAACGCAGACAGUGAAAAAGCAGGAGAGUAUCUACGAGACAGUCCCCAAUGGUCGAGCCCAGGCGAAACUACUGGCUAGCAAAGGGUUGGAAAAAUUAUACGCCGCCAAUACUGCUUUGAAUCCGAACUUUGUAAGGGGUUCAACCCAGCGCAAUACAUACAACGGGGGUGGAUAUGAGAGUCAAAACUUUAAAGUUCCUGCAGAGAAUGUGAUUCGAGCAAGGGCGCCUCAAAGGCUACCACCAGAGGCUGUGGUUCAGAUGUCACCCUACCGCAGUCAGAGUGUACUUGAUGAAAUGAUAGUUCCACGGCAACAAGUCUACGGGAGUAUAGGAAAUACCCCGGUUGUGAUGCGUAAGAAGUCAGGGGGUGGGCCGCUGACGAAAGAGGAGAUUAUGAGUAGGGUACGGGAGUUCUGUAGGCGAUCAAUGAACAGGACACCAACGAAAUUGGACGAGGCUGAUGGGAAAACAAAAGCUGAUGUGUCGCCUGUGUCUUAUGCUUCUGUGGGAUACCAAGGAGGAAAUACGCCGCAAAUUCUAGCCCCACAAGUUCCGCAGAGGGUGCACAGCCUCGCUCGUCAACCGGUUCUUCAACAAGCCGCCUCUUCUUCGCCUAUUUAUGCCCACGUUAUCAAACGAGGGAGCCUCCAGUCGAAUUCCUCAGAUGUAUACUACAGCCCUACAAGGAAAACUACUUCAUUGAGUCGUCCACGAGUAGUCUCUGCCGGUCAGGGUAGCGACACUGACUCCGUCUUCCUACCUCCUUCACAACAGCCUGCAUCGCCUAAUCGAAUAGCAGUUGUAGCCAACGACAACAGGAUGCUUCCACCCAGUGGAAUGCAACAUCGCGGACGGUCCGGCAGCGAAGUAUUCGCUCGUAAUCCUUACGCCAUGGCUCCUGUGCGGACACAAAUAUCUAAAUCGCAUGGCAACAUAGAUGGCAGAUCGACACCUUUGAUUUUAAUGGAACCCCGACCGAACGCAAGUCCAGUUUACUCUAACAUGACGCAACAGCAGCAACAUAAUCGAGCGUAUUUGGCUCCUAGACCAGCAAAUAUGAACAACGGCGCCCAUUUGAGGGUUAACGAACAGCUUUAUAGACCGGCCAGUGCUUUGGCAAUGGCUUAUCCGCAGCAUGCACCGCAGUAUUCGCCGCGGCGACCGUUGCAGUUUUACGAGAGCGAAAGCGGUUCGGAGGCUGGAGAGAUACAACGAAUCAUGCAAGGAAUCGAAUAUGAAGAAGAUUGGCAAAAUGACAAAUCAGGAAGGAAUCAAACGAAUGAACAAGCUUCAGACGAUAGACGUCGGGGGAACAGACGUGAGGAUCCACGACGACAUACACUGGGAAGUGAUAUGCUACAGUAUGGAGGUCAAGGCCAGCCCCAGCAGAGGGCCGUGGAUUUGGAGAUGGGGACACGAGCGCAAAAAAAUAAAAAGGCACCACCAAUUAGGGGAUAUACACCUAUCAAUCAAGGACCUUUGUUCGAUGAAGACCCCGGAAUUAUGUCGGAAGUGGAAACAGCAAGUACGGGCUUUCGAAGGGGUGGCAAACAAAGAUCGUCACUACCCGUUGUUCGGACCCCAUCGAAAACACUAGAACGCCCUCUUGGUUUAGUAUUCUUACAAUACCGAUCCGAAACGAAGAGGGCCCUACUGCCAAAUGAAAUAACAUCUAUCGAUACCGUACGAGCGCUAUUUGUUCGUUCAUUUCCACGACAACUUACAAUGGCCUACUUAGAAGGACCUAAUGUGAAAAUUUACAUACACGAUGCUAGCAAAGAUAUGUUUUAUGAAUUAGAAGAUGUACGUUCUCAUUUACGGGAAAUUCGCGAUCGAUCGGUAUUACGACUAUUUGAAUCGAAUGAAGUCGCGGCACCGCAAGUUCUACCCGGAGGACCAGGUGUACCACAACCUCUACCACAAUCGGGCGGAGGACAUUGGGAUCAAGAUCAGAGUUACUUCAGCGAGCCUGAAUUCGACUCGGAAUAUCAACAUCAACAUAUCCACAAAUCAAAGGGUAGUAAACCGGCACCAUACUAUGUCGCGGCGACACAAACUCUACCGAGAUCGAUGUACACCGAUAGGAACAAAAACGCAGUUGGAGCUCCAGCGAAACCAUUGAGAUCAUAUGGCUCAAGGGGAAGCAUGGGGCCCCCAUUUCCCUAUCCCCCGGAUCAGCUGUACAGCAUCCCAGACGGAUACACAAGCUCCCCUGAAAGAGGAACGCGGGGUGGUUACGAGGAACCAUACUAUAGUCAGUAUGGAACACGCGGUAGCACUGUUACUCCUAUUAUUGACGAAGAGCAGAGAUGUGAUGGAAACCUAACGGACGAUCAAUAUUCGCUUUAUGGAAUGAAAGUUCCGAGUAGAAUACCAAGGACUCCGAAUCAACUUUACGAUCCAACUAGGCCUGAAGAUUUGCAUCGAAUUCGAGUGGAACACAUGGAACGACAAUUGGCUAAUCUUACGGGUCUCGUGCAGAAGGCGCUGAAUCAGAAUCCUCAGAUAAUCGCAGCGCCAGGUGCCAUCAAUUCGAAUUACCUGGGCGUUCCGGGACAGUGUCGCGGAGGUCUCGAUGACAUGGAUGGCCACUCCAGUGGCAGCUCAACAUCAAUCCAAGCAAACGGUACCGGAGAUGAUUUGUACAUUAGAGAGAAGCCACCAAAACUCGGAAAGACAUCAUGCCAUAAAUCGGUGUCAUUUGAAAAGUCCGUUUCGUUCAGCGACGAUAUACAGGGCGUACCGAAAUCGCACAGUCCACAACAUGCCGCCGAUACAAAACCACCAAAACCAGCGAUAAAGUCAUCAACGCUUCCGCGAACUUCAUCUCAAGAACGUGAUCGACUUAAACCGCCACCACCCCCCAAACCAAUCGCUCUUGCAUCCACGCAUCCAAACUAUCGUCCUGACAUCGCAUUAGCACCCGAAGUCUACAAUCAUCUACGAGGAUUACAGAAAAAAGCGAAAGAUCUACGAAUGGAAGUUCGUACAUUACGAAGACUAUCCCAGGCUCAGGCUGUAGCUGUUCGUGAAGAUAUUAAGGAUACCUUCAUGCGAAUUCGUGCUACUCUCCUGGCUAGUAGUGGUAGCUAUUGGGGUCAAGGUGAUCAAGAAAGGACGAGAUUGUCGCGCGAAGAGGAACUUUACAAACAGGAAGUAAUACGCUUGGAAAAGGACUUAAGUGAUUUGGAGACGUCUGUGGAAGGACUGCGAGGGGAGGUGAUCAAUAGACGAACUAGAGUUAACAUGGCAGCUGUUGAGGAUAUGGCACUAGUUUUGAGCCGGGCAAGUAAAACCGUAGCAGAGCUAAAAAUGAAAUUCCCCAGUCUCCAGCAAGGAGUGCGUAAUAUUCUAGCGACUGAAAUGGAAAAAGUCGUUAGAGAAGAAAAGUUCCUGAAAGAUGAACCUGAUAGGUUGGAGUCAGCUUUACGACGAUGUAAAAAACUAACUGGAACCUUAGUAACAUUGAAAAGGUUGGCCAGUGUUCAAGAACAACGAUUACCAGCCGUAGAACCUGUCAACGAAGAUCCACCACGAUCAGCUGAAAUCUCAUCAGCCAACAAGCCAAUCCCAAGUCCCAGGCUGGGGACGGUCUCUAUCGGGGGGGGAGUCGCACCCGAAAACGCACUCGAUGCUCUGCUAGAUGAACUGCAAACCUUCGCAAAACCUCAAUCGCAACAAGAAGGACGCCCAGACGAUUCAACAUCCGACGACAGUUCUCAAACUCUACACAAUACCAUCACAACGCAACAUUCUCAAUCCAAUCUUUUCCCUACAAACGAUGUUAAUACGCUGCAAGUGAAUGCUGGUGGCACCGGUAGCAAUCUAGUAACGAAAGCUUUCUCAGGCCAAGCGGGCAACCUACGGCGCCUUCACUCCUACCCCAGUGGAUCUGAUACUGACACCAGCCCGCCACAACCAUCACGUCCUAUUGGAAAACCUCCAGUUCCUGAACGCAAUGCGGAUCUUUUGUCGAAAGUAGGAAACAAAAGAAUUCCGCCUCCUCCACCACCACGGACCAGUUCGCGAAGUCCUUUGGCUAGUCCAACGAGCCCCAAUGUGCCCCAUCGGUUGCCCUCCGUUUGUGAAUCGGAUCAAAUGGGAAACGGCAGCGGAAGCGGUCAGGAUGGCAGUGGAAACUCAAGCGGAAAUGAGUCGGGCAAUGAUCAUGUGCAAAGGCAACUAGCUUUAGAGAUGCGCCAUCAGGAGCUGCUUAAAAAACAGAAGAUGCUUCAGGAGCAAUACGCUAGACUUCAACAGAUGAGCAAAAAUUCCAUCGCCCUUCCACCGGCUGAUGUCCUGCAACUGAAGAAGACCGGUAGCGAAUCUAAUCUACCCCAGAAGAUGGGUCUCAACAUGACUGCAACCGGAUCCAUGAAGAAUCUCAACGCAGAUAUUAAUGUGUUUGAAAAGAACGAAAAGAAUCUCACUAUCUCCACUAGCUCCACUACGGAUAAUAACAAUUUAAGUAGCAAUUCGACUACUACAACAACUCCUGCAGCUUCAACUACAAACAAAGUCUACGAGACGGACAUCCUUUAACAUCAGGGGAAAAAGUGGAAUGAAACAAAUAUCGAUUCUUAGGAGUAUUUUUAAUUAUUAGAUUCUCAACGAGAUAGUGUAGAUUUGAUUCUUUGUAAGAUCUUGAUUCAGUUUAGCUCAGUCGAUAGUGGCGAGUUUAGGGAGGCGUUUAUUUAUUCACAUUUUAUACAACCUGGUAGAGGAUAUGAGGACACGUUUAUGCAUUUCGCUUGGAAGUUUUAUAGUAUCUAUCGGUAGUAGAUGGAGGAUCAAUUCAGAUUGUAGGCAUCAGAGUAGAGGACAGAUCCACGAUUUGCUUUUAGGAAGCUCAAAUACAUUUUUCCAUGCAGGCAUGCAGGAUGCAUGCGGAUAAAGGACAAUUACGAUUCAAGAGUGGGGGUAGGUAUAUGUUGGCGUGCAGGGUAGAAGAAUGGAGGAAGGAUGUAAGAUAUUAAAAUUUUUAUUGUUCGAUUUUGUUUGUAGUGUUCACAGGAAGGAUGUAUCCGUGUCAAUUCGCGAGAUCUGGUUCGUGCUUUGAUCUUGGGGUGGGCGUGGCUUAGAUAUGAGACGCCCGAGCUCGCCCCUUCCGUGAGAAUGAGCUUCGUUACAACAUUUUUUUAACGAGGCAUAGUAUGAUGGAUCCUUAAGACCAGUACUCGGGAGGUGAAAAUUAUUAUUUAUUCCAAGAGAGUAAUUCCGCACUCAAUUGGCUCAAGAAGAGCCCAAGCGCUUCAUAUCACAAUCUGGCUGUGCUCGUCCCAAGUUUGAAGUUAGUCCCUCCAAGCAAGUUGGAUUCCCGAAGUUUGGUAAGUUUAGGUUACGAGAGAAAAAUGGAUUUCUUAAUUGCGUUCUGAAUACUUCACCUUGAUUUGUAGACUACCUGCAGGUUUCCGAUGUUGAUUGGUAUCAGGAUAGCAACUUUCUGAUGCAACUCUGUCUAACAAAACAGGACGUAAACUAAUUUUUAAAAUAUGCGCAUGCUCCUCGAUAGCGUUGGGCAGAAGCCUGAGCAUUUUCACUCCGCAAAUUGGCCCAAAAUCCAGGCAAUCUAGGCAGGACAUUCUGGGUUUAGAUGAUGACGGUGGUCUAAAGUGUAUCCUGUCGAUCAAUUCAUUAUUGCUCAAUAUUGCACUCUG